AGAGAAGAGAAGAGAAGAGAAGAGAAGAGAAGAGAAGAGAAGAGAAGAGAAGAGAAGAGAAGAGAAGAGAAGAGAAGAGAAGAGAAGAGAAGAGAAGAGAAGAGAAGAGAAGAGAAGAGAAGAGAAGAAGCUGAGCAGAUUUGACUCAGUACAACUGCUGCUCUCACAUGGAAGGCACCAUGGACCACACACCACAUCAGUCUUCUGAUCCAGAGUUGUGGCAAAAUAGCAUCAUCUUGUGCAACUUGACGGCUGAUAACACCAGCUCCGUUUCCACAGAUGUUAUGUCACCAGUUAUUGACAAAACCAUCAGUAUACUUAUGAUAAUUGUCUUAUUCAUCACCAUGGUUUCAAUGGGAUGCACUAUGGAGGUGUCCAAGAUCAAGCAUCACAUAGUGAAACCUAAGGGGGUGGCCAUUGCACUUCUGGCCCAGUAUGGUGUCAUGCCUCUCACAGCAUUUUGCUUAGCUAAGGCGUUCCAGCUGCCUGAAAUAACGGCUGUGGUGGUUCUGAUUUGUGGCUGCUGUCCUGGAGGGGCUCUCUCCAAUUUACUGGCUCUGGCUCUGCAGGGUGACAUGAACCUCAGCAUUGUGAUGACUUCGUGCUCCACAUUGCUGGCUCUGGGGAUGAUGCCGCUGCUGCUCUACCUCUACUGUCAGGGCUUCAACCUGCAGAGCGUUGUGCCCUAUGUUGACAUCAUCAUAUCACUCAUCUUGAUCCUGGUGCCCUGUGGUGCCGGCAUCCUCAUCAACUACUUCAGGCCGCAAUACUCGAAGACCAUCACCAAGGCAGGAGUCGCUAUAAUGAUGAUCUCUGUUGUGGUGGUCGGCAUCAUUACCACCGUAGGAGUUGGAGGCUCCAUCCUGACUGUGCUGUCUCCUAAUCUCAUGGCCAUUGGUGCUCUCAUGCCCUUCAUAGGCUACUCCUUCGGAUACAUCAUCUCCUCGCUCUUCAGACUCAGUCAGCCAGAGCGGAGAACGGUUGCUAUGGAAACAGGCUGUCAGAACAUCCAGCUGUGCUCCACCAUACUGAAGGUGGCUUUCCCCUCAGCAGUGAUCGGCCCUCUGUUUCUGUUCCCCAUGGUGUACGCGUCCUUACAGCUGAUAGAGGCACUGGCGCUCAUCGUGCUGUUUAGGUGUCACCAAAGAUUCACAAGAAAAGAGAAAGAAACAUACAAGCUGGCAACCACUAGAGACACUCUUAAAGAUUCUUCUGCAGGGACUGUAUGAUGGAUGGUCCCCAAACACAGCCCAUAUAUGUUUUAUUUAUAAAAAAACAAAACACUUCAGUCAGAAUGUUUCAGAGACUCCAGACCACAUUAUAUAUACACUUUACACUAGACUGAGUGGAAAAAGCUUGCAGUCGACUACGAGGUCACCUGAGCUACGUGAAGCAAAUGAAAACAAUGUGAAACCACUCUUUGCCAAGUCAUUUUUGAGACGCUGACUAUUACGUAUAUUCAGAAUGUAUACAUUCAUGUGUAAGUCAUUUCAUUACUAAGAACUAACGAGCACAAAAUUGAUGGAAUCAUGGUUUAAUUAAAAUUGUUUUAUUGGUUAAGUCUACUGUCAUCCUACAUCAUACAAACAUCCAUCAGAUUUUUCACUGAAAAUAAAAUCCUCAUGUACAAAAAUGUGUUUUUCCAAACUCUUGUUUACAUGUUCAUUUGAACCACAGUAACAUCAGUCACAGUACCAACAUGUAUUCUUGGAAUUACAUUUAAACAGAAGUCUGCAAUCAGAACACAAAGUCCUAAAUAAAAUAAAAUUUCAAAAAAGUUCAACAUUACAAUGCUGGAAUAAACGGCAUUCUGUAAGAAACACCAUUGCAAAACAGCAAAUUUAAAUUGUUGACUUUAUCUUCAAAUGUGUUACAUCUCUCAAUAAAAUAAAAGUUCAACGGUAACUGCAAGAAUGUAGACAUUAAAUUACUGUAGAGCUGUUUACCUGCAGGAGUUAUGUGUGGUAUUUGUCCACUGAUGUUCUUGAUACACAGGGUGCCAAUGCUAGUAAUAAUGGUGGUUCAUAUUCGGGCUUUAAGCACAAAUAAAGUAUGUCCAAUAACUAGAUGCUAAAUUUCGAUCAAACAAAAGCACAUGCAAGCAUCCCAAGUAAUAGAUACACACACACCAGCCGUGGUAGGUACAAUAGGUAAGAACACAUGGAGAAAAGGUGAAAAGGCUUGGAAAACAUGAGCGAUAAGGACAAAAACAUGACAAUUCUCCCACCAACAAGCAAAAGUAUCAUAGAAAGAGUAAAGAAAGUGGUCACACUAUUUAUCAAAAUCAUCAUAGUACUAUUGGAAAACACAGAAUCCCUGUCUGAAGUUUAUCAGAGAGCAGAGAUUAAUUUACAGUGACGCUGGUUCACUCAACUGUUUGUGAGAAAAAGCAAUGGUGCUGCAUUGCUGCACCUGAAACCUAACAGGAUGAAUUAACUGGGAGUUAUCUAAGUUAAUUAUUUUCAUGAAAACAAAAUAUGGGACUAAACAUCGCUGUUCAUGUCUGAUAAUGUAUUUGUGUAGAUGUAAAAAAAAAAAAAACAAACAAA